UCCCCAAAUUACACCGCAUAACUCCAUAGCCACUCCUCUUUUUCUUAUCAUCCCCACGCCAAAAACAGUCCAAAAUCAAACGCAGAGCCUAGAAUCCUCCGCACACAUUUCAUUCCUCCUCUCUGUCAAUUCUCUCACUACCCCUAUGCUCCAUGGCGUUUCAAGCCGUCCUAAUCUCACCCCCAUCAAAACCCAACUACACCAUCCUCCAAUGAACCUUACAUGCCUCUCAUCCCCUCUCCUCUCCUUCCCCUUCUCCUCCCUCAGGCCCAAGCGUCUCCAUUCCUUCAGGCCUCUCUCUUCUCUUAGAGAGACCAAGAAACCCACCUUGAGAAAAGCCUCAAAUGUCCCUCAGAAUCUUAAGUUUGGGAACAAGAAGGCAGGAGGAGGAGGAGAGGUAGGAGGUGAAGAAGAGUCGUCUGGUGGGGAAUUAGGAGGAGAUACGGCGUUGAAGGGGACUGUUCUUGCUGGGCUUCUUCUGCUUGGAGUUGUCGGUGGGUUUGGAGCAGUUGGGUAUAUUUAUAAGGAUCAGGUCAAUGCUUUCCUCACUCAGUUCUCAGGUUUCAUUGAGGGUUAUGGUCCUGCUGGAUAUGCUUUAUUUGUUGCUGUAUAUGCUGGUUUGGAGUUGGCUGGGGAUGCUUCCAGGGACAUGGGCAUAUGUGAGUGCAGGUGCAUUUGGACGAGCUAUCAUCCAAGAAGAAUCCGAGGUGGGAUUACAUGGAGGAAAUGGUCAACUAUUGACCUUAGGCCUUGGCCUAUUAGCUACAGCCUUGGCAGCAGCUUAUGUGACGCGGCUUGCAAAGGAUGCUGUGAAAGAUAUCGACUAGAACCCACUUCCUUUGUGCAAGUAUCCGGCACAAGCAUCAUGCCCAUGAUACAGAAUGUAACUUUAAAGGGCUAGGGCAUUAUUUUCAAUAAAGAUGACUUGUGCUUUGCCUGUUGAAGACAUUUUUAGAAUUUUGCGAGAGCGCUAUAUUGAAGUCCUGAUAUUGACUUUAGAACAGUGUAAUUGCUGCAAGUGUUACUCAUCUCAAGGCCAGAAUCAAGAAGUGAGAAAAUUUGAGAAAAUUUAGGGGGAAGUGCACUGAUUCUAGCCACAAAUUUAUUUUUUCACUUUCAGUUUAUAAUGUAAAAUGACUUUUUGCGUUAUUGAAAUGGGAUAAAUGAGUGCGACGAUAUCUUUUUAAGUGCAAAUAAAUGUUUAGCCAACUUUUUCAUGCUUUA